GAUCUCCCUCCCCGGGAGCCAACAAACCUCCCCGCGACAAUCUGAGUGCGUUGGCCUCUUGGGCGGUGACUGAAUGGUCAGAUCAUGGACCAGAGAUGCUUCUCUUGGCUCUAAGAGGACUACAGUCCCCUCCCUUCUUUGGAACCCGCUUGGUUCUACACCCCUUCACCUCCGCAGCCAGGUGCCCAAGCAAGGCCAGGAAUAAUGAAGAGACCCAUGUGGUAGUUGCAGCCUUUUGAACCACGAGAGAAGGAAAUCAACAGUGUAGACAGGGCUGGAACCAUUGCCACGCUUGUUGGAGUAAAUGAGGAAUGGGUUCAUGAUUAUGCUGACAUUCCAGCAUGAAUCUGGUAGACCUGUGGUUAACCCGUUCCCUCUCCAUGUGUCUCCUCCUACAAAGUUUUGUUCUCAUGAUACUGUGCUUUCAUUCUGCCAGUAUGUGUCCCAAGGGCUGUCUAUGUUCUUCCUCUGGAGGUUUAAAUGUCACCUGUAGCAAUGCAAAUCUCAAGGAAAUACCUAGAGAUCUUCCUCCCGAAACAGUCUUAUUGUAUCUGGACUCCAAUCAGAUCACAUCUAUUCCCAAUGAGAUUUUUAAGGACCUCCAUCAAUUGAGAGUUCUCAACCUGUCCAAAAAUGGCAUUGAGUUUAUUGAUGAGCACGCCUUCAAAGGGGUAGCUGAAACCUUGCAGACGCUGGACUUGUCCGACAAUCGGAUUCAAAGUGUGCACAAAAAUGCCUUCAAUAACCUGAAGGCCAGGGCCAGAAUUGCCAACAACCCCUGGCACUGCGACUGUACCCUACAGCAAGUUCUGAGGAGCAUGGCGUCCAAUCACGAGACAGCCCACAAUGUGAUCUGUAAGACCUCCGUGUUGGAUGAGCACGCCGGGAGACCAUUCCUCAAUGCUGCCAAUGAUGCUGACCUUUGUAACCUCCCUAAAAAAACUACUGAUUAUGCCAUGCUGGUCACCAUGUUCGGCUGGUUCACCAUGGUGAUAUCAUACGUGGUAUAUUAUGUGAGGCAAAAUCAAGAGGAUGCCCGGAGACACCUUGAAUACUUGAAAUCCCUGCCAAGCAGGCAAAAGAAAGCCGAUGAACCUGAUGACAUAAGCACUGUGGUAUAGUGUCCAAAUUGACUGGCAUUGAGAAAGAAAGUAGUUUGCAGUUGCAGUAGAAUAAGUGGUUUACUUCUCCCAUCCAUUGUAAACGUUUGAAACUUUGUAUUUCAGUUUCUUUUGAAUUAUGCCACUGUUGAGCUUUUAACCAACACUACAACAUGACAGAUACUUUUAGUUGAGGUGACCCAACCCUUAAUUGUACCCCCAGUGGUAUAUUCCUGAGUAAGCUACUAUCUGAUCAUUAGUUAGAUCCAUCCCACUAUUUAAUAAUGAAAUUUAUUUUUUUAAUUUAAAGCCAAAUAAAAGCUUAACUUUGAACCAUGGAAAA